AGGCCGAGCCGCAAAGAUAAAAGUAGGUAGGGCACACUUUAAACACUACUCCUAAUUUUAAUGAAAUUUAUUUUUUUUUUUUAAAAUUGAAUAAAGUAUUUUUUCUAACAAAUUGCGGGUGUCAUAAUAAUCUAUUUUCUAAUUACUGUAUAAUUUUGGAAUAGCUGCGGUCUCUCCCUAGCAGGUCUAAGGUUUGGUUCUUCCGGCCAAUGAAUCCAUUUUACCUGGCGCUGGGUUUGGAUUUGAGACAGAUUGAUAAGAAUCCUUGCCCAAGCUUGACGACAUCGAAGCCAAAGUUCGGCGAUCAAUUUCUUCGUGAGUAGGGUAGGCAAGGGCAUGACCACGAUGAAGAUGACCGCUAACGGUUUGCUACGAGCGCGGGACGAGAAGAGUUGCACGGAUUUCGAGCAGGCCAGAUGAUGAUUGACAAUGGAGGAUCAAUUAGAGUGAUACCAAGGAUACGGCCUUCUCCUAAACCACCGUCAUGGGUUGUGCGAGAGGUUAAAGUCUGUGAAAGUUUUCCAAUAAAUUUUCAUUAUUUUGUCAUUUGGUUUCUUGUUGUCAUCUAUGUUGUUAGAUUUGUCAGUUUGUUUGAGAAUUUAGUCUGGUUUUAUGUCAUUGAGUAUGUUUGGAUCUAUGUGAACAUGGAUGGCUAUGUCAAGCCCGGUACAUGGUUAGCGAUUCGUGUUGCUGAGGUGACCGCUUCUAAGUCCGAUUAUAGGGUUUUUAAUUGUAGUUGUUGGAGUCUAGUUGGUGUCAGAUGUGUUUUUCCUUUGAUUGCUGUAAUGAUCCUGAAACUUAUGAUAUGAAUAAAG